AUGACACUCUCAUUGGUGAAUCUGAUUUUUGGGCUUGUUAACUUUUAUUUGAUUUUUGGAAGGUAUGAUGCGCGUCUGCGUCAGGUCGCAGGUAAACUCAGAAUAGCUGUGGAUGAAAUUGCAAGCAGGGAUUUGCAUCCAAAAAUCAAAAUGUCUCUAUCACGAGUCAUUCCUCCGAAUACCCCAUUGUUGACCGAAAUGAUGAAAUUGUUCAAGGAACCAAGCAAACUGUUCGAUAAUACGAAUGAGCUAUUCACUGAUCAAAAAGAAGCACGUCUCCGUAAAAUACAAAACAAAAAAGAGAAAGAGGAGCACACGAAUACAGUGAAAUCGGAAGGUUCAAAAUCUCAACAAGCGAGUGCUCACAGCAAUCCGAAAUCAACUGUUACUGAUUCGAAAAAGAAAAAAUGA